AUGUCGACGCUCAUCCGCGCGCUGCACGCCCUGCACCGCCAGGAUGCCCUCGUGUCCCGCGAUGUCCAGCCCAAGACCGAGCCUCUCCACGGGGCCGACCAUGCCGGCUUCAUCGCCAUUGGCAUCAUCGGGCUGACCUCGUUCGUGGCGACGUUCGGCCUCCUGGCGUUCCUGACCUUUCGCUUCAUCUUUUGGCGCCGCUACUACAAGCACCCGCUCGCUGCCAACCAGUACGUCGUGCUGAUCUACAACCUGCUGCUCGUCGACAUCCAGCAGUCGAUCGCCUUCAUGCUCUGUCUGUACUGGGCCUCGCAGGGCCGCGUGACCAUGCCCAGCGCCGCGUGCUACCUCCAGGGCUGGUGGAUCCAGACCGGCGACCCGGGCAGCGGCCUGUUCGUGCUGGCGAUUGCGUUGCACACGGGCGCCGUCGUGCUGCGCGGCCGCCAGCUGCCCUUCCCCAUCUUCAUCGCCUGUGUCACCGGCCUGUGGCUCUUCAUCCUGAUCCUGGGCUUCAUCCCCGUCGGCCUGUUCGGCGACGAGGUGUUUGUCAUCUCCGAAGCAGGCUGGUGCUGGCUCUCCCCUGACCACGAAACCGAGCGCCUCUGGGUGCACUACCUCUGGAUCUUCCUCGCCGAGUUCGGCACCGUCAUCCUCUACGGCGUCAUGUUCUUCUACCUGCGGCGGCGCAUGAAAGAAGCCGCGCUGCUGCGCCACGGGCCCCAGGAGAACCUCAAGCGCCUCAACCGCGUCGUCGUCUACAUGGUCAUUUACCCGCUCGUCUACCUGCUGCUGUCGCUGCCGCUGGCCGCCGGCCGCAUGUCCACCGCCCGCCACGUCGCCCCCAGCCGCACCUACUUCGCCGUCGCCGGCUGUCUGAUGGGGCUGUCCGGGCUGGUCGACGUGCUCGUGUACACGCUCACCCGCCGCCACCUGCUGACCGACACCGAGAUCAGCGCGUCCGACAAGCUGUACCAGAUCUCCGGGUCGCAGGCGUACCAGACGCACAUCUCCACGACGGGCCGCGACAGCACCAAGAAGAGCAAGAGCCGCGGGCGGUUCCGCCGUGGCCUGCAGUCGAUCAACGAGACGGUCGACGACGACCGCGCCGACUCCACCGAGGAUAUCGUGCGCAAGGGCGACUGGGAGAUGCACGACAUGCGCAACGCCGUGUACCAGGAGACUACGAUUGAGAUCUCGCACGAGCCGGCGGAUCCGGAUGAGUUCCACCGACGAGGGCGGGACAGUCCAUAG